AUAGCUCCACCCACCUGGCCUUGGACACUCCAGGCUUCUUGAAGCAACCUGUUCCUGUGCCUCACUAUUGUCUGAGUAAAGAAUUUCUUCCUAAUGUCUAAUUUACAUCUACCCUGCUUUAGUUUAAAGCCAUUAAUACUUUUCCUAUCACUAUGAUCGGGGAACAGUGCCCUCCUCCAUCUUUCCUGCAGGCCUCCUUUAGGUACUGGAAGGCCACAAUGAGGCUUCUCCAGGCUGAACAAUCCCAGCUCUGUCUGUCUUCACUACAGGAGAGGUGUUUCAGCUCUCUGAAGCUCUCUGAGCUCUCUGAUCCUUGUGGCCUCCUCUGAACCUGUUCCAACAGGUCUGUAUCCUGGUGCUGGAUGCCUCAGACCUGGAUGCAAUACUGCAGACUGUGUCUCACAGGGCAGAGCAGAAAGGGACUUCCCUUGCCCUGCUGGCCACUCCUGUUUUGAUGCAGCCCAGAAUCCAGCACAGUUGGACCCAUGGGUUUGCUUCCUUUGUGGGAAGCUGUGGGAGUAGAUCUAUAAGCAAGGGAUGAAUGAGGAAGGUGUCUACGUGUGCUUGCUUGAUGGAAAGGCUAAAUGGAAGGGAAGCUGCAGAGCUGAGAUAUUGGAUCUUCCUAGGGUUGCAAGAGCUGGAGGCAGGGAACCUUCCCACUACCCUUUGCCUUCUCCAGGAGGCUGCAGGAGGAUUCUGCUCCAAGAGGGUCCUGGCCCAGAUCUACGUCUGCCUUGGCUGCUGUGCUCAGAGAAUGGGCAAGCCUCAGACAGCACUUCAGCACCUGAAGUGGGCCCUCCAGGUAGACUUCCAGUGCCAUCCUGCCCUGUCUCACACUGCAAUGGUGUACCAGGAGCUGGGGGAGACAGAUGCAGAGCUGCAGGCCCUAUCUCUACUCUAUGAGGCUCUGGAAAAAAACCCUCCAUCAGCUACUUCCUCUAGUCCAUACUUCCUAAUCCGAGCAGAUCUCCUUGUCAACACACCAAUACUAGCUUCUCUCCUUCGCCAUCGCCACCCCUCUGAAGUGAAGUACCUGUUGGCACAAAGGUGUCUCCAGGAUGGGAGGGUGGCUGAUGCAGUGGAACAUUACCUGGAUUUUCUGGCUCUGCUUCAGGAGGGACUGCAGCAACAGGUGCCCCUAGAUAGUGGCUCACCUCUGCCUAGGAUCCCUGAGGUGUUCCUGGAAGCAGCAUCUGCCUUGGAGCAGGAUGGAAGGCAUCAGGAUUCAUUAACAGUGUGUGAUGAGGUCAUCAGCAGGACAACUCACCUAAUCCCACAGAUAGUACAAGUUGAGGAGAAGCUGGAGCAGCCAGAGUGCGCAUCACUGGGGACUGGGCUGGCUGGUGGGCUGCUGUCUCAGAAGAGAGAGAGUCUGUUCUGCCUCACGUGGAGAGCAGCUGCAUACCUGCACCAGGGCUGGGUGUGGACCAAGCUGGGCAAAGGCAAGGAGGCCAUAAUGCAAUUCAGCAGGUGCCUCAACGACCUCUUGCGAUUUCAACCUUGUGGGCAUGGUGUUGAACCAGCAGAGAGCCUCCUGCCAGAAGUGAAGGUUCUCCAGAAGAUCAGGUUGCUUUCUCUGAUUGGGCGAGGGAUGCAGUUUUUGGAGCAGGAGAGGCACAAGGAAGCCUUGCUGGAUUUCCAGCAUGGCUUGCAGAUCUCACCAGAUGACCAAGCUGCUGCCUUCUACCUAGUGCAAGUCCUGUGGAAACUGAACCGAAAAGAAGAGGCUGCUGAUUACUGGCAGAAGUACUUGGAGAGCCCUGCUGGGGAAGAUGGGCAGCAGGAAAGGCAAGGAAGGUGUGUAGUAGGGCAUGUGGGGGAUGUCAAGAGGCCACGUACAAGAGCUCUGGCAGCGCAGCCUGUGUUCUAAACUGCGUGAACGGUUUAACUCAGCUCCUCCUAGCCUGCACCUGCAGCUUGAAUGAAUCAUAAAAUCAUAAAAUGGCCUGG